UUUACUCUAUGGUUUUGAAUUUUCAAAAAAUGUAAACAAUCGUUUUAUUUAUGUGGCCAAUUUGGUUUUUGUACAUCUUUUUAAAUGAUAUAUCGUAGUAUUAGUGCGUAGGAUUCUUUCUUUGACCAUUUCAAAUGGUUUAAAACUUGAUAGUUAAAAGUUAUCUUAGAAAAUGACUACCACCCAAGUUAUAUCUGUUUAUAUUUCUAAACUAAGUCACCCCUUGAAAGAAAUACGUGAUCGUUCUUUGAAACUUUUACUUACAAAAUUAAAACUCGGUUGGGAACUGGAAGAUGAGUUGUCUUGUACAAGAGAAUUAUUGGAAGCUCUUAUGAAUUGGUUUAAAUUUCCUCAAUCUUCCCUCCAGAAAGAGGCUCUUGAGCUAUUUGUUACUACUUUAAAGACAAAAUCAGGUGCAUACAUAGCAAAAGAAUUUGGAAUAAGAAAAAUAUUACUUAGUUUCAAUAAAAUAAAGCACUUGAUAGAUGAACCUGAAGCAAUUGAGAUAUUUAAUGAUAUUAUUGAAACUUUGCAAUUUUUGAAUACAGUAGAAUCUGAUAUUGAUGUUUCAAUUCCUCACCUUAAUUUACCAUCUUUUACAAGUUCAGGGAGUGAGGAUGGAUUUAAAAGUGAUCAAUCCAAUAAUGCAACAAUCAAAUGCUCAAAGGAGAGUCUAGCUAUGAGUGAAGAGCUUGAAUCCGGGAAUGAUUUGUAA